AUGCGGGACGGGGGCGCACAGGCCGGGCCCCGGGAGACGAGCCCUCUGCUCGGAGGCUCAACCGUCGCGGCCCGGGACUCUGCCGAUGCGGAAACGCCCGCCUCGAACGGAACCUUUGGGCAGCCUAACGGCGCUGCCACGGACUCGGCCGAGGCAGCGGACUCGGAGACGCGGGAGGGCCUGCCCGAGGUUGCCGCCAAGCUCCCCAUCUUGGUGCCGGCCAUUGGCAUCGGUAUCUUUCUGUGUGCCCUGGACCAGCUGCUGGCGGUCGCCACCUACGCCAAGAUCGGGAGCGAUCUCAACGCACUCAACAGCACGAGCUGGAUAGCGACAGCGUAUUUCUUGACCUUGACGAGCUUCCAGCCCCUGUACGGCAAGCUCAGCGACAUCUUCGGCCGCAAGGAAUGCCUGCUCUUCUCCUACCUCGUCUUCGGCCUCGGGUGCCUGGGGUGCGGCCUCGCGCGGGACAUGACGCAGCUCGUCGUCGCCCGGGCCAUCGGCGGCAUCGGCGGCGGCGGCAUGAACGCCGUCGUCUCCAUCCUCAUGACCGACAUCGUGCCCCUCCGCGACCGCGGCGUCUGGCAGGGCUACAUCAACAUCAUCUUUGCCGCCGGGACGGCUACCGGCGCGCCCCUGGGCGGACUGCUCGCCGACUCGGUCGGUUGGAGAUGGUAA